UUUUAGGAGGCUGGGGUCCCGAUGACGGCAUCCGAGCGCGCCGCGCUGAGGCUCGAAGCCUGACUGCCCGACCUUCCUGGCACCGGGGCCCAAGAGCAGUCUUCCCUCGACAUGGGGCUGGAGGCCCAGAGGCUGCCAGCAGCAGAGGAGGCCCCAGUGAGGGUGGCUCUGCGAGUCCGCCCGCUGCUGCCCAAGGAGCUGUUGUAUGGGCAUCAGAGCUGCCUGCAGGUGGAGCCAGAGCAUGGUCGUGUCACUCUGGGGCGUGACCGCCACUUUGGCUUCCAUGUAGUACUGGCUGAGGACACUGGGCAGGAGGCGGUGUACCAGACCUGUGUGCAGCCCCUCCUCGAGGCCUUCUUUGAGGGCUUCAAUGCCACCGUCUUUGCCUACGGUCAGACAGGCUCCGGAAAGACGUACACCAUAGGAGAGGCCAGCGUGGCCUCCCUCCAUGAGGAUGAGCAGGGCAUCAUUCCAAGGGCCAUGGCCGAGGCCUUCAAGCUUAUCGAUGAGAACGACCUGCUGGACUGCCUGGUGCACGUGUCCUACCUGGAAGUGUAUAAGGAGGAGUUCCGAGACCUGCUCGAGGUGGGCACUGCCAGCCGGGACAUCCAGCUGCGGGAAGAUGACCGCGGGAACGUUGUGCUGUGCGGGGUGAAGGAGGUGGACGUGGAGGGCCUGGACGAGGUGCUGAGCCUGCUGGAGGUGGGCAACGCAGCGCGGCACACGGGGGCCACGCACUUCAACCGCCUGUCCAGCCGCUCACACACGGUCUUCACCGUGACCCUGGAGCAGCGGGGCCGAGCCCCCAGCCGCCUGCCGCGCCCUGCCGGCGGCCAGCUGCUGGUCUCUAAGUUCCACUUCGUGGACCUGGCGGGCUCGGAGAGAGUGCUCAAGACCGGCAGCACCGGCGAGCGGCUCAAGGAGAGCAUCCAGAUCAAUGGUAGCCUGCUGGCACUGGGCAAUGUCAUCAGCGCCCUGGGGGACCCGCAGCGACGGGGCAGCCACAUCCCCUACCGCGACUCCAAGAUCACUCGGAUCCUCAAAGACUCGCUGGGCGGCAACGCCAAGACGGUGAUGAUCGCCUGCGUCAGCCCCUCGGCCUCCGACUUCGACGAGACCCUCAACACCCUCAACUACGCCAGUCGCGCACAGAACAUCCGCAACCGCGCCACAGUCAACUGGCGGCCCGAGGCCGACGCACUGAGCUCCGCCUCCGGGCCCGACAGUGGCAUUGAGAGUGCCUCCGCUGAGGACCAGGCGGCGCAGGGGUCCGGCGGGCGAAAGAUGACCAAGGGCCAGGAAGGGGAGGGGGCGCAGCAACUGCUGACCUUGCAGAGCCAGGUGGUGCGGCUGGAGGAGGAGAACCGAGACUUUCUGGCUGCAUUGGAGGACGCCAUGGAGCAGUACAAACUGCAGAGCGACCGGCUGCGUGAGCAACAGGAGGAAAUGGUGGAGCUGCGGAUGCGGCUGGAGCUGGUGCGGCCUGGCUGGGGGGCCCCGGGACUCCUGCAGGGCCUACCUCCAGGUUCCUUUGUGCCUCGGCCUCACACAGCCCCCCUUGAGGGUGCUCACACUCAAGUCCUGGGCAUGGCCCCCACUGCCUGCCUCCCUGGAGAUUCCGUUGGUUCUGAGCAGUGGGGAGAGCAGGGGACAGACAGCAGGGAGGCUGGCACUGAGCUGCUGGCCAAGGUGGACAGGCCAGGAAGUGGCUCUUCAGCUGCAUCUGAUGAGGAGGACGAGGAGGAGGUGCCCAGGCGGACCUUACACGUGCGCAGAAAUGGGAUCAGCAGCUGGAACCAGAGGGUGGGAGCACACCCAGGAAGUCCACCGGACAGGAAAGGCCCAGAGCUUCAGCUUGAAGACCUGGGUGCAGCCAUCCUGGGACACAGAGCAGCCGGUGGGAUCAAGGCCCCGGUUCAGACCCGCCAGAGCCUGACUGCCACAGCCUCUGAGUGGCGACUGGCCCAGGCCCAGCAGAAGAUCCGGGAGCUAGCCAUCAACAUCCGCAUGAAGGAGGAGCUCAUUGGCGAGCUGGUCCGCACAGGGAAGGCAGCCCAGGCCCUGAACCGCCAGCACAGCCAGCGCAUUCGGGAGCUGGAGCAGGAGGCUGAGCGGGUGCGGGCUGAGCUGAGUGAAGGCCAGAGGCAGCUGCGGGAGUUGGAGGACAAGGAGCCCCAGGAUGCUGGUGAGCGCUCUCGGCUGCAGGAGUUCCGCAAGAGGGUGGCCGCGGCCCAGAGCCAAGUGCAGGUGCUGAAGGAGAAGAAGCAGGCCACGGAGCGGCUGGUGUCACUGUCAGCCCAGAGUGAGAAGCGGCUGCAGGAGCUGGAGAGGAAUGUGCAGCUCAUGCGGCAGCAGCAGGGGCAGCUGCAGAGGCGGCUCCGUGAGGAGACGGAGCAGAAGCGGCGCCUGGAGACUGAGAUGAACAAGCGACAGCACCGUGUCAAGGAGCUGGAGCUGAGGCAUGAGCAGCAGCAAAAGAUCCUGAAGAUCAAGACAGAAGAGAUUGCAGCUUUCCAGAGGAAGAGACGCAGUGGCAGCAAUGGCUCUGUGGUCAGCCUGGAGCAGCAGCAGAAGAUUGAGGAGCAGAAGAAGUGGCUGGAUCAGGAGAUGGAGAAGGUACUGCAGCAGCGGCGGGCGCUGGAGGAGCUGGGGGAGGAGCUCCGCAAGAGAGAGGCCAUCCUGGCCAAGAAGGAGGCCCUGAUGCAGGAGAAGUCGGGGCUGGAGAGCAAGCGCCUGCGGUCCAGCCAGGCCCUCAGCGAGGACAUCGUGCGAGUGUCCAGCCGCCUGGAACACCUGGAGAAGGAGCUCUCCGAGAAGAGCGGGCAGCUGCGGCAGGGCAGCGCCCAGAGCCAGCAGCAGAUCCGCGGGGAGAUCGACAGCCUGCGCCAGGAGAAGGACUCGCUGCUGAAGCAGCGCCUGGAGAUUGACAGCAAGCUGAGGCAGGGCAGCCUGCUGUCCCCUGAGGAGGAGCGGACCCUGUUCCAGCUGGAUGAGGCUAUCGAGGCUCUGGACGCUGCCAUCGAGUAUAAGAACGAGGCCAUCACAUGCCGCCAGCGGGUGCUGCGGGCUUCGGCCUCGCUGCUGUCCCAGUGUGAGAUGAACCUCAUGGCCAAGCUCAGCUACCUGUCAUCCUCAGAGACCCGAGCCCUACUCUGCAAGUACUUUGACAAGGUGGUGACACUCCGGGAGGAGCAGCACCAGCAGCAGGUGGCCUUCUCGGAGCUAGAGAUGCAGCUGGAGGAGCAGCAGAGGCUGGGGUACUGGUUGGAGGUGGCCCUGGAGCGGCAGCGCCUGGAGCUGGACCGCCAGCUCACCCUGCAGCAGAAGGAGCAUGAGCAGCACAUCCAGCUGCUCCUGCAGCAGAGCCGAGACCACCUCGGUGAGGGACUGGCGGACAGCAAGAGGCAGUAUGAGGCCCGGAUUCAGGCUCUGGAGAAGGAACUGGGCCGCCAGAUGUGGCUGAACCAGGAACUGAGACAGAAGCUGUGCAGUGUGAACGCCUCAGGCCACAGCAGGGGUGGGGAGAAGAGAGCCCUCUGCCUGGAGAGCAGGCCAGCCCCUGGAAGUGAAGAUGAGCCCCACCCAGUGCCAGAGCUGCUCUGGCAGCACCCCCUCAAUGAGGGAGCCCCUUGCACCCGGGAGGAGGUGCGAGACUUAGUCCAUGCUCCGUUACCCUUGACAUGGAAGCGCUCGAACCUAUGCAGCAGUGAGGAGCAGGGCUCCCCCGACGAGCAGAGACAGUGGGAGGCUGCUGAGUCCCUGGUGGGGCGUGUGCUGCCAGUGGCUGAGGUAGCCCUGCCCUGGAACUUGGGGCCCCUGCCCAAGUCCCGGCGGGAACUACGAAGAACCAGCCCAGGUAUGAUCGAUGUCCGGAAAAACCCCCUGUAGGUCCUGGGGGCGGAUCCCUACUUGGAGGGAGACGCUGACUCUACUGAAAGUGCUUCUGUGAAGGACAGUCCUUACUUCACAUUCAAAUCCAGGCUUCAUCUUUACACUGACUAGAGUCAACACAGCAGCAAAGGCCGGUACGCUCGUUUUAAAAAACAUGCGAAUCCUCCCCAAUCACUUCCUUGAAGCUGUAAUCCCUAACUGCCGCCUUUUGGUUUAAGAUUAGCUCCAGGACAAUUCUGGGUACAGCCAAGUCUUGGCCCAGAAUGCCACAUGCAACAGGAUUAUGGCUGAAAUGGUCUUACAUAUAUAGGGGUAAGUGGGAAACUUAUUAACACAUUUUUAGGAUUUUUAA